AAGAUCAGAUUCUCCCCUGGAGAUUGCCGCCUGGCCUGUGAGCCCAGACGAGGGCUUUCUUUUCGAUGCCUGAGUCAUCACGUGAUUCAAUGACUGUUCUUCACUCACAAGUAAUAAUUGCAGUGGGCACUGCUGAGAGUUGAGAGGAGCUUCUCCCUGCCGGGGUGUGAAGUAGCUUUGACAGCAAGUGUGGUGUGUCAGCCUGAAAUCUGAGUAGCUCCUUGCCUUCUGCCUGGUGCCCAUGGAGUGCCCUGGACUCAGGCAUGCAGAGGAUCCCAUCACAUCCAGGCCUUUCUUGACAGAGGAGGGAGCUGGCCAGACAGAAUCAUGAAUAAACUGGAGGACAAGAAGGACCAGAUGAUACCAUGAAGAGAAGUUUACAGGCCCUCUAUUGUCAACUGUUAAGCUUCCUCCUGAUCUUGGCACUGACUGAAGCGCUGGUAUUUGCCACCCAGGAACCAUCUCCCAAGGAAUCUCUUCAGGUCCUCCCCUCAGGCACCACCCCAAGCACCAUGGUGACAGCACUGCUCAGCUCUACCAGACACUCAUCUGUGGUGGCUGCCCCUGCCUCCGUGGUGACACCGACCCCCUAUCCCAAUGGACCCUCCUCACAGGCCGAAGCUCCCAUGGCAACGGCAACACCCCAUCCAGAUGGACACCCUCCUACAAACACCGUCUCCACCAUCAUGGUGACGGCAGCCACCCCCCAUUCUGAAGGCCCCCUGCCCACACAGCCCCUUCUUGCUGCCAUGGCAACCACAUCCUCUCACUCAGAGGGCCGUCCUCCGGGGGAGGCUGCACCCUCCAUUCUGCUGACAAAGCCAACGGGAGCCACCAGCCGCCCCACCACAGCACCCACCCGGGCUACCACGCGCAGGCCCCCCAGGCCCCCAGGCUCCUCCCGAAGGGGGGCCGGUAGUUCAUCACGCCCUGUCCCGCCUGCACCCGGUGGCUACUCCGGGAGGAAGGAAGGCCAGCGGGGAAGAAAUCACAGCUCCACACAUCUGGGGCAGAAGCGGCCCCUGGGGAAAAUCUUUCAGAUCUACAAAGGCAACUUCACAGGGUCUGUGGAGCCUGAGUCCUCCACCCUCACCCCUAGGAACCCACUCUGGGAUUACUUGUCCUCACCACAGACCCAGACAGUGGCCGCAACGGCGGCACCCAGCAAGACCUUGUGGGGACUACCCACUGACCCCCCAGUGCCUGCAGAGGACAAACCAGGCCUUAGCAGAGCAGACCAGGGGGGUGGUUCCACCUUCACCAGCCAAGGAGGGGAGCUGAAUGCCACAGCAACCUCAGGUGCCCCUGCCAGUCCACAACCUGCCCCAGUGCCUUCUCAGCGCCCCCACAGUGACCUGCAGGACAGCCCCAGCCACAGUGACUCCUGGCUUACUGUCACCCCUCGUACCAGCAGACCUAUGUCUGCCAGCUCUGGGGUCUUUACGGCCGCCACGGGGCCCACCCAGGCUGCCUUCGAUGCCAGUGUCUCAGCCCCUUCCAAGGGGAUUCCUCAGGGAACAUCCUCAACCCCACAGGCCCCAGCCCGCCCCCCCAGGGUCUCAGAAAGCACUGUUUCCCGAACCGAGGAGAAGGCUGUGGCUACCCCCUCCAUGCCCAACAGGGUGCCCAGUCCUCUCUCCACAGUGGUGUCUACGGCCACGGGAAACUUCCUCAACCACCUGGUCCCUGCCGGGACCUGGAAGCCUGGAACAGCAGCGAACAUCUCCCAUGUGGCCGAAGGGGACAAACCUCAGUACAGAGCCACUAUCUGCCUGAGCAAGAUGGACAUCGCCUGGGUGAUCCUGGCCAUCAGCGUGCCCAUCUCCUCCUGCUCUGUCUUGCUGACCGUGUGCUGCCUGAGGAGGAAGAAGAAGACGGCCAACCCAGAGAACAACCUGAGCUACUGGAACAACGCCAUCACCAUGGACUACUUCAGCAAGCACGCCGUGGAGUUACCACGGGAGAUCCAGUCCCUCGGAACCUCUGAGGACCAGCUCUCAGAGCCCCGCUCCCCAGCCAAUGGCGACUACAGAGACACCGGGAUGGUCCUUGUUAACCCUUUCUGCCAAGAAACGCUGUUUGUGGGAAAUGACCAAGUCUCGGAGAUCUGACGGCAGCAGCCCCGCUUUGCCGGUCCCUACCUUCCGUCUCUAAAUUAUAAAUAUACACAUAUAUAUUAUAAAUAUAAUCUUUGUGUAACCCUGACUUAAUGAGAAACAUUUUCAGCUUUUUUCUUCCUAAGAAUUGUCAACAUCUUUUUUAUAAGUGUGGUUUAAAAAACAAAAAACUUUACAGAACGAUCCGUGGCUUUAUAAAAUAAAGUAUUUCUAAGCAAAGCAGUUGCAUUGAUUGCUUCUCUUAAUACCUGUCCUUGAGCACGUGGGGGGGCCCAGCAGCCCCGGGCAGGUGAGCGGAGAGACUGACCAGUAGAAGUGGAAUGUUCAGGUGGUCAAGUGCACGGCCCUUGAGUGCUGCUUAAAGCUCUGGUGCCUCUUGAUUCGGUGUCACCCCAUUUCCUCGCCCCUCGUAUGCGCACCAGUGAGGGGAAC